UUCUGCGGCCGUCGCCGUUUGGACUUAGAGCUGGGACCCAGUGCUCUCGGCCCAGGAGUUUGAAAAGUUUCUUCUGGUUUCAUAAGUUUCCUAAGGAGUCUGAGGGCUUUUCUCCGUUGGCGUCUACAUUCCGGCACUUACAUAGCCACCCAUUUACCCUUCAGGGGUCCUCGACGCCCUCCACGCAGCUAAUUAAGUGACGGACGCAGUAGCCAAGGCGACCGCUUGAUCGACAGGCUUGCAUGCAAACCAACUUCCGGAAGCUGCAGUCUGGGCCCGCCCGGCGCGUGGCCGGUGACCCAAUGAAAGAACUGGAAACGCCAAAGGGGGCGGUGACGGGGCACCCUAGGUUGUGGCGGUUCCUCGGUGGUUGCGCGUUGAGGGCUGAGGCGUUUUCGAGCAUUUGGACGAUGCCGUGACGCAGCAUAGCGACAGCGUUGACAGCGUGAGCGCACCCCUGUGGAGGGAGCCAUUCGGUCGCGGAGGUGGCGCGUCAAGAAGGCAGGUUGCUAUUUGAGGGUGCUCCCUCGGAGCCCUUCAGUGAGUGGGGGAGGGGCGGCGGACGCCGAGCGGUCCCCGUCUGCGCUUGCGCCGGCGCCUCCGGUGACCCGGCCUACACGGACGCGCAUGCCCGCUGCGCGUGGAGCCGCGGUGGCCGGCGGUAUUGCGCGUGCGCGCCGAAGAGCCCGCUGAGGAGCGGCGCUGGCGGACGUCGGGCGGACGGCCCGUGACGUCGUGAGGAGCGCUUUAAAGUGCGGGCUGGGCCGGGCGUCUGAGGGUCUGGCUGGGAGUCGGGUCGGUCUUCCGCGGCUGCCCUCCGCGGCAUGAGGCGCUGCCGGCGCCUUUGGUCUCUGGGACGUGGAGAAGGUGGAGGAGGAGGAAGCCUUGUUGCUGCCACCGCUGCAUGACCCCCCGCCCCUGAGGCCCGACCCCGCGCCCGGUCCCUUGACGCCCCCCGCCGGGUCCCCCGGUCUCGCAUGGGGGCUUGGCGCUGAGGAACACUUUUUCUCCCGGGGCGCCGGGGCGCGUUCUCCAAGAGCCAUGCCCGGCCGCCCCUCCCGCCCCGGAGGACCCUAGAGCAACGUCGCGGGGGCCAUGGCGGCCGCCAGCGGUUACACGGACCUGCGUGAGAAGCUCAAGUCCAUGACGUCCCGGGACAACUAUAAGGCGGGCAGUCGGGAGGCUGCGGCCGCCGCCGCCGCCGCCGUAGCCGCCGCUGCCGCUGCCGCCGCCGCCGCCGAGCCUUACCCGGUGUCCGGGGCUAAGCGCAAGUACCAGGAGGACUCGGACCCCGAGCGCAGCGACUACGAGGAGCAGCAGCUGCAGAAAGAGGAGGAGGCGCGCAAGGUGAAGAGCGGCAUUCGCCAGAUGCGCCUCUUCAGCCAGGACGAGUGCGCCAAGAUCGAGGCCCGCAUCGAUGAGGUGGUGUCCCGCGCCGAGAAGGGCCUGUACAACGAGCACACGGUGGACCGGGCCCCGCUGCGCAACAAGUACUUCUUUGGCGAGGGCUACACGUACGGUGCCCAGCUACAGAAGCGCGGACCUGGCCAGGAGCGCCUCUAUCCGCCGGGCGAUGUGGACGAGAUCCCAGAGUGGGUGCACCAGCUGGUGAUCCAGAAGCUGGUGGAGCACCGCGUCAUCCCCGAGGGCUUCGUAAACAGCGCCGUCAUCAACGACUAUCAGCCCGGCGGCUGCAUCGUGUCUCACGUGGACCCCAUCCACAUCUUCGAGCGCCCCAUCGUGUCCGUGUCCUUCUUUAGCGACUCUGCGCUCUGCUUCGGCUGCAAGUUCCAGUUCAAGCCUAUCCGGGUGUCGGAACCGGUGCUUUCUCUGCCAGUGCGCAGGGGAAGCGUGACUGUGCUCAGGACGAGAUUAGACGCACCCCGGUUGGAAACAAAGUCCUUGAGCAGCUCUGUGUUACCACCCAGCUAUGCUUCAGAUCGUCUGUCAGGAAACAACAGGGACCCUGCUCUGAAACCCAAGCGGUCCCAUCGCAAGGCAGACCCUGAUGCUGCCCACAGGCCUCGGAUCCUAGAAAUGGACAAAGAAGAGAACCGGCGCUCGGUGCUUUUGCCCACACACCGUCGGAGAAGUAGCUUCAGCUCUGAGAACUACUGGCGCAAGUCCUAUGAGUCCGGGGAGGACUGCUCGGAGGCGGCAGGCAGCCCCGCCCGCAAGGUGAAGAUGCGGAGGCACUGAGGUGUGCUGUGCGCCCCUGGGAACUCUGGUUACUCCUCACGUAGUUGCCCCCUCCUUUUGUUCAGUUCAGUUUUUUGGCGUUUUGUUUUUGUUUUUGUUUUCAUUUUUUGGUUUUUGUUUUUUUGAUCCUGAAUUUUUUUCCUCGGGUUUGUUGCCUGUUAAGGCUGAAGAACAGAAUUGGCUGGGACCUGAUUCUCGUGUUCUCGGUUUUCCUACGAAAUGGAAAGGCUGUUGGCAUCUAUAGGGGACAGAAGCUCAUGCUGGAGUGGCCAGUAGGGAUGUGGGGUGCAGCUGUCCUCAAGUGGGGCUGUCAGGCUGGGUUUAUUUAAAAGCAACAAAAUGUUUUGGUUAAGAAAAUUCUUGUUUUGCUUUAAAUGUAAAUCUUCUCAGUGUUGUAAAUGAAGUUCAGUCUUCUGCCCCUUUCCCUUCCACCUGUGUCUGCGUGCUGGGUUGAGGUCUCAUGCUCCUUAUUGGUUCUGCCGGAGGCCUGCUGUCCUCCCACCUCUCACCUGUUCUCCAGGGCCUGGAAGCCUACACAAGUACCCUUUCCUCCCGCAGCAGAGUUGUUCAGGAUGACUGGGUGGAGGUUUAAACAGUCCUCUGCCACCCCAAAGCUAUUGGCUGAGCUCCCGGGCUUCAUCUGUGUCCACUGGCCUGCUCUGCCCACGGGUCCUUGAGCUGCUGAGGGGCUGGCUACAGUGGUCCUGACCUUUCUUGCCAAGAGCACACGUCUUUGCUGGGUUGCUUCUUUCAAGCAUAUGCGUGUGAUUGUACGGAACAGUUAGACUUACCAUGUUGGGGCAGUUUUAGGAAUGGUUUCUAGCUAGAGGGACUGGUGUCCUUCCAAGUCUAGCAUUUGGGGUAUGGAAAAUUGUUGUGGUGUGUGGUAGGGUUUUUGUUUUCUUUUGUUUUUGAGUUAUUUUUUUCAUUUGAUCUCCAGACUUUUUCCUAACCCUUUCCUUUCUCCUUCAUUGGCCAGCUUGGGCCUUCUCUCCAUGUCAUCCCCAUAGGAAGGUGCCUGCCCACCUGCUCUGUCUGCCUGUAGCAUGCAUCCAAGGCCAGAGCUCAGGUCUGCAGACUGGGUUGGUGCCUCCUCUGCCUCAGGGGUGUAGGAGCUGGGGAAGGGGCUUUUAAAAAGUAAUAAAAGGAAAAAGAUAAUAAAGUUUUUGGCAGUUCCCACCUACUCAGAUCCUUGAAGGUUGCAAGGUUUUGAUGAUGUAGGUUCAUUAGGAAUGUCUCCUUGCCAGCCAUGGCUGAGACCCGGGCCUGCUGAGAGCAGAGGCUUUCCCAGUCCCCAGGCUGCCACCACCCCAGGGGGCCUUGUCUUACAGAGGCCCAGGCCUGAGGCUGCAGAAGUCUGGGGCAGCCAUCAUCAAGAAGUCCCCUCUCAGGGGCCAGAACUCCUUUGCCAGCGUGGAUUCAAGUCGGACUGCAUAACUAAAGCAGUUGCAGGUUUAUUUUUCUUACAGCUUUUUUCCCAAAAAUGAUUUGUAGUUGUGUGUGCAGCACUUUGCCCUGAUAUGUGUGCUCUACAAUAAAAACCAAAUCUAAUAUAUUUUGAAACAGUUGUCUGAUACUGUUAAAAGAGAGGAUUUGCCUUUGGUGCUUCCUUAAUCCCCUUAUUUUCUUAACUCUGAACCCGGGCUGGGGAGGCCAGACAGAGUCCUUUGCCCAUCCAGGUCCUCACGGGAGAUAAUAGGGCUGAAGGCCGACAGUGAACUUGCCCUUUGCUUACUGUGCUCUCUCCCACUCCAAGGAGGAUGGACCAGGUGCCCAGGAUGCCGUGGUCCUGCAGGAGCCAGGAUCAUACCCUGCUGAAUUUUGAAGCCCUUCCCCCUUGGUGUGAUUAGAUAGGGUGUGUGCCAGUGAAGGAGGGACAGGGUGAACAAAGGCAGGGAGAGCCUGGCCUUUAUAAAAGAUAGGCAAGUGGUUUUGCUCGUUAAGCAAAUUCUUGAGUUCCUACUAUGUUCUGGCCAAGCCCUCAUUGUGGCCUCAUCAGUGAGUAAAAGUCUUGGUCCUUGCUUUCAAGAUGUGUACUACAGAGUUGUGGGAUACAGUAAGAGGCUUCAGCCAGAUGUGUUUGUGUGGACUGGCAUUGGGGCCCAGAGGGUUUUAGUCCCUCCAGGUUCUGGACCUGGCUGCCAGAUUCUGUUCAGCUUGGGUGUAGAGUCUCCCUCAUUGAUUUCCAGUGCCCAAACCAGUCUGGCCAAUUCUUUGCUGUGGAGACCUGGCAAGUCACUUACCUGCCCAUUUCAGAGAGGAGAAGAGAGACUCUAGAGGGAGCAGGUGACCGGCUAGGGCUCAGUCCUGCAAAUCGGUGACAAGAUAUAAAGGGCACUGGGGGAGAGCCUCCAUAUGCUUUAUAGCUAGUUGGGCCUCCGGGGGUAGACAGGGCCACAGUUGCCCCAGAGAGGAGACAUUAGAGCUGAAAGGGAUGGUAACUUGCUCAAAGUCAUCUAGACUACAUGGCAGAGGGGGACACCUCCCACUCUAGGGCCCAGGCCCCUGACUUGGACAUAGAAUGGGCGCUCAUAUGCAGGCCUGGGGAGCUGAAACUCUACAGUAGCUGUGACAAUCACACCUGGGCUCUUCCUAGUUCCAAAAAGGCUCUUUGCUCUGCAGAAAUAAGGGACACAGAGACCAGGGGAAGGGGCUUUGGCCCUUAUGGGUCCUGCUGUAUCACUGGCUUUAGUCUCUGCCCAGCAGUUCCACAGCAUCCCAUCUCUGGACUAAACUAAUUUUCUGAGUAGUCCCUAAGCCUGUGGGGAUUCCGUACCUGACUCCAUGAAUCUGACUCUGCCCGCACCCCAGUCUUGCACACAGUGGGUGCUCUAACAACAUCUGGCACCAGCCCUGCCUUCUUAGGUACCUCAUCCCAUUCCUUCAAGCCUCCUGUGCUGGGGGAAGUUGAGGCCCAAAGUCCCCUUCAUUCAAAAAUAUGAGUGUCCUACUGUGUGCCAGGCUCUGUGCAGGGUACUGAGGAUACAAGACCUGGUAUAGAUCUCUCACACACACGGCUGUUCCAAAUUGUGCCAGCAUGAAAGAUGUGUAGCACAGAAAUUACGAAUAAAAUACACAGUACAUUCUAGCUCUGUAUAGCCAAGUGUUCUUAUAGAAGCCUUUUGUUGAUCUUUUUUGAUAGGUUCUUUUAUUUGUAGCGUGCCGGUGGUUGUAAUUCAACCGUGAUACGGCAAAUGGAGUUGGAUCCCAUUGCUGAUAAUAGUUUUCCAGGGCUCCUGUAACAAAUUACCACAAACUUUGUGGCUAAAACAUCAGAAAUUUAUUUCUCACAGUUUGGAGGUCUGAAAUCCAAAAUUAUGAUCACUGGGCUGAGAUCACAAUUCAAACCACGCUCCUUCUGGAGGCUCUAGUCCUUGCCUCUAAAAGCUUCUGGUGGCUGUUGAUGUUCCUUGAUCGUGGCCUGGUAACUCCUAUCUCUGCCUCUGUGGCCACAUGACUGCCUCUUCUGUGGGUACCAGAUCCCCUUCUGCCUGUCCCUCACAAGGACACUAGUGAUUGGAUUUAGGGCUCACAUGAAUGAUCAAAAAUAAUCUGCCCAUGUAAUGAUCUUCAGUCACAUUCACAAAGUGAAAAAAUGUACAAAUUCCAAGGAUUAGGAGCUGAAAUCUUUGGCGGGGGGGCACUGUUCAGCCUACUACACUACUCUUUUCCAGAUAGUCUGUCACUAAAUCUUAUACAUGGCCUACUGAUUUCUCAUUGUUGGAACAAACUAUGUUAAUUGGAUUGAAAUUUCUCAGCCUCAGCACUGCUAUUAAAUUUGAUCCACAUUAUUUUCUCUACUGAUUUCUUAAAUCUAGACCUGUGCUGUCCAAUAUGGCAGCCACUGGACAGUUUGGCUGUUGAACACUUGAAAUGUGGCUGGUUUGAAUUGAGAUGUGCUUUAAGUGUCAAAUACACACUAGAAUUUGAAAUUAGUAUGAAACAGAAUGUAAAAUAUAUCAUUAGUUACUUUAUAUUGAUUACGUGUUGAAAUGACAAUAUUUUGGACAUACUGGGUUAAAUAAAAUACACUUUAAUUUCA